AUGUCAACAUCACGCAAGCUGUACGGCCAGCUGUCCGGCAUGGUUGAGCCGGUGUUCGGGGUGCUGGGGGCGGUGGCCGUUUCGGCGGCCCAGCCGGUGCUGCCGUACGCGCUCGCAUUCGCCGCCGGUGCCAUGAUUUACGUCGUGGCGGACGACAUCAUCCCAGAAGCGAACGCCUCUGGAAACGGGAAGCUGGCGACUUGGGGCUGCAUCAUCGGGUUCGUGGUGAUGAUGUGUCUCGACGUGGGCUUAGGGCAAGCUCGUAUAGUUCGGCGGAGCGAAGGAUCGCCUAAAACAAAGGAAUGCUGGCGCGUGGCGGCGCGGGCGUGCCUCGGAUGCCACAAAGGGGGUUUUAUCGGCCGCGCACAGCUGCGUACGCACAAGAAUUCGGGUGUUUGGGCGCCGCACGGGGUCAACGCCCGCCAAGCGCCGCGCGCCCUUUAU